AUGGCCACACCUGCCUCGCGAACUCAAGUACUAUCGCUCUACCGCGACUUUAUUCGAUACGGAAACAAACUUUCCUCUUACAACUUUCGAUCCUACGCCGUUCGACGGUCAAGAGAUGCUUUCCGUGCCCAUGCUGACGAAUCCGAUGCCACCAAGAUCGCUUCUUUGAUCAACAGAGGCAAGCAAGAUCUCGAAGUUGUCAAGCGCCAGGCUAUCAUCAGCACCUUGUACUCCAGUGGACAAAAGCUCGUUAUUGAGAAGCCCGUUGCCCCAAGAAGUGCUUAA